CAGAUCCUCAGCCUCCGCCUGGUGCCCCGCGUGGGCAACGGCACUACCACCUACUCCAGCCCGCUCUCCACCUUCCCAGAGAUGUGGUAUGGCGUUUUCCUGUGGGCCCUCGUCUCCUCCCUCUCCUUCCACGUCCCGGCUGCUUUGCUAGCGCUCUUCACGCUCAGGCAUCACAAGUACGUCGUGGGACCCAUUACUGCCGGCAUCCUAACAAGUGCUGCCAUUGCUGGAGUUUACAGAGCUGCAGGGAAAAAAAUGAUUCCCUUUGAAGCCCUCAUUUUAGGAGUGGGCCAGACAUUCUGCGUGGUGGUGGUUUCGUUUCUACGGAUUUUAGCCACUCUCUAG